AACUUUUUUUAUGGCAAAAACUAGAUUUAGCUUAGAUGAUUUUGAUUUUGUUUGAUAAAAGAUUUCUGUGGUCAAUGUUGCGUGAUUCUCGCUAAGUUAAAAAAACCCGUUGUUUGAUUAUUUUUUUAUGCAGAGAAGAUGGAAUUUGGUAGGUUAGUUUCGAUAUGGGAAAAAGAUAUUCUCUCAAAUCGUGUAAAAUGCCUGAUAUGCAAACCCUUUUAUUAGAAACAAGUCAGAUUGUCUUCAAUCAUAGACUUAAUUUUCUCAAAAAUGCUGGAAAGUCUUGUUUAUUCUUUUGCAAGAUGUGCAUCUAAUUUAAGGAUAUACAUGAAAUGCGUGUCAAAACCAUUACAAAACAAAUUUAAUUAUUUUCAUAAUAAUUUGAAAAAUAAACAUUAAACCAUUACGUGUUUUGAAAAAAAAAGAAACCCACUUUAUGUUCUACAAUUGAAACCAUCUAUGUGCUAUGACCGAAACCAUUUAAACAUUUUAUGCAGUAGUGAUAUACUUUUGAACCAUUUAGCUUUUUGCGUAGAGUAUUCUUGUAUGAAUCCCACGGUCGGAAAUCUUGAAACUCUUUAAGUUGGAUCACGAGUCACCCUAAUGAAUUGAUAAUCCAUACCGGCUUGAAGAGUAAAACAGUGGAAUCCAUAUCUGGUAAUACUGGCAUCUAAAGAUUAGAACCCUUAUAGUAUUGUUAUAUUUUUCCAUAUUUUUUAAUAGCCUAUAGCUUAACUUGUCGAAGUUGUAUUCACAUAUGUUAUGUCCAUUGCAUAAAAGUGAAUCUGUCUGUUUACAUUGCACAUUUAAUUAAUCGCCAUGAAACCUGUGAACCUAAACAAUCUUUCGCAGAAACCUCGAGGAUCAUUAGAUGACUCAACCACUGAAAACAAUUCGGUCAGUAGCGGUUCGGAUGUUGAGGAUAUGAGUGGUGGGACAAGCGAUCAAAAAAGGAUCGUGCAAGGCUUGAAAAAAACAAUUAAAAGGAAUAAAACCAAAAUAAAUGAACUCGUUGCCAAGUUGACAAUUUCCGAAAUGCAAUUAGCAAGUGAAAAGGAAAAGUGCAAUCAUAAGGACAGUUUAAUCAAGUCCUUGCACUUUUCAAUCGAUUUAGUUAAUCAAACCAAAGAAUUAAGCAUACAGAAAACCCAAAAUCAAAUCCUAGAUUUGCAAAAUGCUCUCGAUUUGAGAAAGAGUAACUCAAUAGAGCCUAACGAUCAGAUCACAAUUGACAAGUUAAAUGCCAAAAUUGAGAAAUUGGAAUGCAUGGUUCAAGAGAAGGAUGAUAAAUGUGUGGAGCUGGAGGAGAAGACCCAAAAGUAUGAAAAUGAUCUGCAAGAAAGAGAUGAGCAAAUAGCCAGGCUAGAAGCCGAACUUAAAACAUAUGAGGACAAAUUGAAAGAAAAGGAUGACAAACUUGCUAUGUUUUCUAAAACUACUGAAAAUAAUCUGCAAGAAAGAGACGAGCAAAUUGCCAGGCUAAAAGCCGAACUUAAAACAUAUGAGGUUAAAUUGAAAGAAAAGGAUGACAAACUUGCUAUGUUUUCUAAAACUACUGAAAAUAAUCUGCAAGAAAGAGACGAGCAAAUUGCCAGGCUAAAAGCCGAACUUAAAACAUAUGAGGUUAAAUUGAAAGAAAAGGAUGACAAACUUGCUAUGUUUUCUAAAACUACUGAAAAUAAUCUGCAAGAAAGAGACGAGCAAAUUGCCAGGCUAAAAGCCGAACUUAAAACAUAUGAGGUCAAAUUGAAAGAAAAGGAUGACAAACUUGCUAUGUUUUCUAUAACUACUGUAAGGGGACACGAAAAUAGUGAACCACACGUGCUCCUUAACUGCACUAAGGUUUCCUCAAUUAAAUUCGUAACGCCUCAUAAUUUCAUAGAACCCUUCGCAGCAGUAUUUGAGGAUAUCCCUUCAGCCGGUCCUGACUGGAUGGUCAUACAGCGCCGUGUCGAUGGAAGUGUCGACUUUAAUAAACGUAUUGGCAGUUUUUGGAAAGGUUUUGGCGACUUGAGUAGAGAGUUCUGGAUUGGUUGUGAGAAAUUGCACAAGUUGACAUCAGGUCGACGGCAUGAACUAUACAUCCAGCUGGUCGAUUUUGAUGAUGCUACUGCUUUCGCCAGAUACGAUCACUUUGUUAUUGGAAGCUGGGAUGAGCAAUACAAGUUGUUGUGCCUAGGUGCAUACUCGGGAAAUGCUGGCGAUUAUAUGCGAAGCAGUCAUGACUCGAUAUUUAACAAGUAUUGGGAUUACAACCUGCAAACAGUGUACAGCUUUUGGCAUCCGAUUGACUGCAAUUUAAAUGGAAAAUACUACGGAUCUAAAGUUGUGUUGAAGAACGAAAAUGGAAUUUUUUGGGGUCGUUGGAACUUUGGGGAAAAACAUUCUCUCAAAUCGUGUAAAAUGCUGAUCAGGCCGAAGCCAUAAAAGGAUUUACUGAAGAUGAUUAUCAGCAUUUCCAAUUCUCGGACUUUUGAAUUAGGAUGUGCUAAAAGUUUCAAAAAUUAAAAAUAAGAAACAAUAU